AUGCAUGCACAGACAACCAUGUGGCACUAGUUGUUCAUCAAUUAAGUGGUUGUAUCAAGGCAUGGUUAUCUAUUCGAUUUUCCUCAUAUUCAGCUAUUCGGCCUACCUCUGUAACCAAGGUGUCCGGAUAAUCGAGGUUCCACUUUACAUGAAUUCCGUUACAUAGUUCAUCUAUACUCAUGCACAAAGCAUCUAAAGUUGAAUUCGCCCAGAAUUUAUGGUAAAUUAGGCUUCAUUAAUGGUUUACAGUGCCAGUAGAUUACCACAACUGUGUGAGUGGUUGUACAAAUGUUGAUAUCUUUUGAUUGGAAUCUUUCUAAGAAAUGGUGCUGAUACCAUUGUGUAGGUGAAUGAAUAGGCUACAACAAGUGUAUUUCUUGAAAGAUGCAUGCCAAACCAAAUCCACUAUCAAAGUACACAGUAAUUUUGCUGGAUGCACUGUAUGUGGUUGGCAAGUAGCUAGUAUGCCAUGGCCUCCUACACAUACAUGGAAAAUGCUAACUUUUAGCUGGUUGAAGCUUACAGCAUAUAGAUAGAAGCACUUUUAACAAUGGAUGAAUUUCAGUAUUUGAAGUAUGACAAAGUUAUGAAGGUUGAACUCAACACACAUGGACUUAACCCUCUCCUCCAAUGAUUCCACAACUGGUACCUCAACCGAGGUCGGUAUGGACGGGGAUAAGAAGAAACACGGCAAGACUUUCUCACGGGCAGUAAGGAGUGUGUUCCAUGCAACGUUCAGACGAGCAUUCUUCUAUGGUUUCUACACCUGGCUCACCCACACUUUGUUCGGACUACCUGUGGCUAUUCUCCCAGCUGUAGUGGCUGGGAUAGCUGGAGCCAUUCCAUUCAUUGGGGCAUACUGGGUGGCAUUGCCUGCUGUGUUGGAGCUGUGGCUGCUGCAGGGACAACUGCUCUCCGCUCUAGCAUUGUUCACUCUCUCUUUGUUACCUCUGCUCUUUGUGGACACACUCAUCAAUAGGGAAAUUGAAGGUGGACACCCUUACCUGACUGGUCUAGCCAUUGCUGGAGGUAUCUACUUUGCUGGUCUGCAGGGAGCACUCAUCGGGCCCAUCCUACUAUCCUGUCUCCUCUUUGUAGUGGACUUUUAUGGUGGCAGCUUCUUUUAACUUUAGGUAUCCUGUUUAAUUAUGUUACGAGUCAGUAAUUGUAUAGUUAGACCAUGUUUACCAAUGUCAUGUACAUGUAUGCCACCUGUUAAAAAAUUGUACGGUUUUCCUCCGAUCGCUUGUUUCCAUGCUUUUUGUCAGAUCCUAUAUUUAUAGCAGCACUACUGGGUAUAGCUAAAUGUCAAUGACGUGGUGUUUCGUAUGAGGCAUGAGUGAAGUACUGAAUCAUGUACAGUGUACCAGUAGAACCUCAGCUUGGCAAUUUUCUUUUUUGUGUGUCCCUUAAAUGCGCAUGCACAUGCAGCUGUUACUAUGGAGACAGGCCUGCUUCUCUGCGCAUGCAUGCACAGACAACCAUGUGGCACUAGUUGUUCAUCAAUUAAGUGGUUGUAUCAAGGCAUGGUUAUCUAUUCGAUUUUCCUCAUAUUCAGCUAUUCGGCCUACCUCUGUAACCAAGGUGUCCGGAUAAUCGAGGUUCCACUUUACAUGAAUUCCGUUACAUAGUUCAUCUAUACUCAUGCACAAAGCAUCUAAAGUUGAAUUCGCCCAGAAUUUAUGGUAAAUUAGGCUUCAUUAAUGGUUUACAGUGCCAGUAGAUUACCACAACUGUGUGAGUGGUUGUACAAAUGUUGAUAUCUUUUGAUUGGAAUCUUUCUAAGAAAUGGUGCUGAUACCAUUGUGUAGGUGAAUGAAUAGGCUACAACAAGUGUAUUUCUUGAAAGAUGCAUGCCAAACCAAAUCCACUAUCAAAGUACACAGUAAUUUUGCUGGAUGCACUGUAUGUGGUUGGCAAGUAGCUAGUAUGCCAUGGCCUCCUACACAUACAUGGAAAAUGCUAACUUUUAGCUGGUUGAAGCUUACAGCAUAUAGAUAGAAGCACUUUUAACAAUGGAUGAAUUUCAGUAUUUGAAGUAUGACAAAGUUAUGAAGGUUGAACUCAACACACAUGGACUUAACCCUCUCCUCCAAUGAUUCCACAACUGGUACCUCAACCGAGGUCGGUAUGGACGGGGAUAAGAAGAAACACGGCAAGACUUUCUCACGGGCAGUAAGGAGUGUGUUCCAUGCAACGUUCAGACGAGCAUUCUUCUAUGGUUUCUACACCUGGCUCACCCACACUUUGUUCGGACUACCUGUGGCUAUUCUCCCAGCUGUAGUGGCUGGGAUAGCUGGAGCCAUUCCAUUCAUUGGGGCAUACUGGUUGGCAUUGCCUGCUGUGUUGGAGCUGUGGCUGCUGCAGGGACAACUGCUCUCCGCUCUAGCAUUGUUCACUCUCUCUUUGUUACCUCUGCUCUUUGUGGACACACUCAUCAAUAGGGAAAUUGAAGGAUGAGUUUUGUACGGCUAGUAUAAUUGUAUGUCUAUUCCUUUCGUUGUGUGUCAAGACUGUAGCACACGGUCCAGAGCCGUGGUCCAGAUGUGCCAACAAAUCCCUGCAGUAUACAAAAUGCAUGAAGAAGAAUCCUUGAAUUGAAUACGUGUAGCAAGGAAAAGUAGAAGAAAUAAUGUUGCAUAUGGCAACCAACAAGAGAGCCCCUGCAGGGCCUCUGUACACAAAGACUCUAUUGUAACAGAGACCCAGCCUGCUCCACAGGAAGUGCUAAUUAAAACUGCACAGAAUAUUAUACUAACCAGAGCACUGAAGUGCAAACCCUCUGUUGUUAAUUUGAAGUUUAGUAGUCUACAGCCUCGAGUCCAAGCCGCGUGUUAAUCUGUGCAACGACCAACGUGCAGGUUCAAGCUUUUUAGCUUCUUAGCUUUUGCUCACUUUUAUUCGACAACGAAGCUUUAACAUCAAAAUCUGCCAAAUUUAUAAAACUACUACCUUGUUGUGUUGAGGCUAUCCAUUGUAUAAACACAGUGCUAUCGCAUCCAGGUGAGUAGACUCAGAACACACAGACAGGCAGACAGACAGACUGACACUCUACUGUAAGCCACAGCGCGCCUCGGGUUAAUGAAAGCACUGCAGCUAGGUGCAGCUAGGUGCUGAUGCCUCCCUUGGUGGAUUUGUCAAAGCUACAUAGGAGUGGGAACACACACACACACACACACACACACACACACACACACACACACACACACACACACACACACACACACACACACACACACACACACACACACACACACACACACACACACACACACACACACACACACACACACACACACACACACACACACACACACACACACACACACACACACACACACACAAAUGCACAUAAACAC